AUGGGCUGGUCGUUCGGACGAAAGAAGAACAAGGAGGGUGCCGCCGCCGAGAACCCUUAUGCCCAGCAACCAGCAGCCGAUCCAUAUGCGAAUCAGCACGCGAGCCCUGCUCAGUCCCAGGCUACUCUAUCGAGCACCACUAGUAGCGGUCCCCGUCCCGGUGGUCUUCCCUCGGGUCCGUCCCCGUACCAGAACAACCAAGCUCCUCCUCCCUACUCCGCCGGAGGUCCGGUCCAGCAGCCAUCUGCUGCGGGGAGGUAUACCAACGACAGGUUUGGUACCACGGAUAGAUAUGGCGAUAACCGCUACGAUACCCCUUCCACCAGCAACCAGAACCGCUACGAGCCCUCGACCGACUCCAAGCAGAGCCAACCAUUCUCCAGUUCCAAGUACAGCUCGGGCGUCUCGGCCGGCACUUCUGCUCAACCAUCUCCUACCAAGCAGCAAUACCCCGUAACAUAUGGCGACAACAAGCAGCCCGGGCAGAUUCAGCCUGAUGGGUUCUAUCAGCCGUCUCCCCAGGAACUCUAUGGCAACAAGUUUGGCGUGCCGGAGGAGGAGCUCACGGAAGAGCAGAAGGAGGACGUAGAGUUCGACGGUGUUCGGAACGACAUUGUGAACGAGCAAAAUGCCACCAUUGACACUCUGGGUCGGACUGAGCAGACGACUCAAGCUGCUCUGGAGAACAUGCGCAAUGCUCGACAGCAGCUGAGGGAGCAGAACGAGAGGCUGCUGUAUGCCAAGGGAAACGUUGAUCACGGAAUGGGCCAAGCUCGUAUUGCUAAGGCCAGCGUGAAGGAACUUGAACGGGUGAAUCGCUCCAUGUUCAUGCCCGUCGGCCACAGCAAGAAGACGCUUAACAGGAUGGACCAAGACCGCCUGCAGGCUGAACUUGAGGAGAAGGCGAUCCGCGAGGAAAAUGCCCGCGAGAUAUAUAAGAACCGUUCGCAAGCACAAAUGGCCGGCAUGAAGCCUAAGAAGCUGGGUCUUGGCGGCGGUGCUGACAACAAGAAGAAGUACGCCCUGGAGGACGAUGAGGAGAUGGACCACAACGAGAACCUCAUCAAUACGAAGAUCGCCCUGAUGGAGCAGGCUGCGGAUGAGCUCAAGGAAGGUGCUUUGGAUAUCAGCGCAGGUCUGGAUCUCAGCAAUAGGUACAUUGAUACCAUGACCGAGAACACCGAUAGACUCAACAUCGAGGUUCGCAGGAACAAGAUGGCGCUCGAACGGUUUUAA